UUCAUCGUUCUGUUGUUGUAGUUCAGUGUGGGCGCCAGGAUAGAACUGCGUUGGGAAUGUGAGCUCGGCAAUCACAGAAAUUGUGGAUUGAGUACAAAAACAAAGUGAAUGUUCGAAAUGUGAAAUUAUAAUGGAAAAGCCCUGCAGGUCAACGGGCAUCUGUAGUGCAGGAAAAAAUAUUUUGGGUCAAAGAUCAUCUAUCUAUUUUUAAACGCGUAUUCAAUUCACCCCGGAAGUUUACACCCUAUAUUUAACCAUUACUAGGCGUCUUGAUUUGGACCGCGACACCAUUACAGCUCGGAGAAACGGAGUUGAAUUCUGGCGUCCUACGUCUAGCCAGUGAACGCCAGAGUUUCCUCCGGGUGCUCAGGUUUCCUCCCACAGCCCAAUAACCUUAUCAAGUAAGGAACAGCAACUCCAAAUAUGACAAAGAUCACAAAAGAACUAUUACUUGAAAAAGGAAGCCCAAAGGACUCGAAAUUGGAAAAUGUCAAGAAAAUCGAUCUUUCUAACUUAAAUUUGAAAACAAGCGAUUUGGAUCCAGUAUUAUUUUCCCAGUUACUGGAGUUGGAAGAACUGGAUGUGUCUGGAAAUAGGCUAACAGAGAUUCCAAAUGACUUGGGGCUUGCCAACCUGAAAUGUCUAAACUGUGCCAAUAAUGAUUUGGAGCAGAUUACGUCACUUGGACAGUUUGUGAAUCUUGAAGAUCUCAAUUGUGACGAUAACUUGCAUUUGACGAUCUGUGAUACAUACAAGCUGAUAUAUUUUUUGCCUAACCUGCGGCAACUCAAUGGCAAUAAUAUAACAUCCAAUGGAUAUCAACUGAGGUUUAUCAACAGCCGGCAGCUGAAGUGUCAAGUAAAUGCUUAUUGGGAUAAAAAGUACAAAUCUCAGCUCUCCGAAUCAUCAACUGCUGAUGAGAUAAGGGCGGUUGGAAAUAAUUUUGUGAAAUCUGCAGUUGCUAAUGUUAAAUAUGGACCAAAUUCUCUGAGUGAAUUUACAAAAUGGAGAGUGGAAAUGAUAGCUUCAGAGCUUUUGACUUCUCUGCUACUACAUAAGGAAGGAUCCUCUGACUCAGAAAAAGAAGAAGACAAUGAAAAUGAUGCAAACCGUAAUGAUGUCCUUAAGAUAUCUGGUAGAAGUAAUGUGAUAUCUAGGUCCUCCACUGAAUUAUUUUCAGAUAGAAACACCUGCCUUCGGACUGCAGAGGAUAAUGCAAGAAGUGCAAAAAAUGAAAGAUCUAAGGUUCCACAGAAUGGCAAUGAAAAGAUUUCUAAGAAUAAAUUUCAGUCUGGGAAAGAAAGGCAAGCUAAACUGACAAAUUCAACCAAGAAGGACAAUAGAAGUACAGGGAACAAUAAGGCAAAGCCUUCUAAGAGAGAGCUUUCAGUGUCUCCAGUUGCAGCCAGUAAAGAAAGUGUUCCAAAGAAGAAAUCGAAGCAUGGGAAUUCUGUUGUCUUUGAGCCUCUGCAUUAUCUUCAGUGCCACAGCAAGAAUAACAACCCUGACGAUUUCAGCACUCAACUCUGGAGCUGUGCUUUCGAACCAGACAUUGAAAGCUCCCAGAUUCCAGAUGCUCAGAUGCAAUCAUCUCGAAGUGUGGCUGUAUGUGGAGGUGAUUCAGUUUGUGUCAUUGACUGUGAAACUGGGAUUGUUCUUCACAAGUACAAAUCAUUAGGGGAGGAUUUCUUUUCUCUGGCUUGGACCACUCUAACUGUGUUUGAUGAGAAUCAUAAAAGAAAGCUCAGUGUCUUAGCUGCAGCUGGCGGAACGGGUGUAGUAAAGCUCAUACACACAAAAGUAAACUACUGCUAUGGAAGCAUAAAAGCUCACAAGAAAUCAAUCUCAACACUCUGCUUUUCUCCAAAACAUGAGACUUUUCUCUUCACUGGAUCCUAUGAUCAAACAAUCAUCUUAUGGGAUAUUGGUGUUCCAGGUCCUGAUUACAGGUUCCAAGCGAGUCGCUUGCUGGUUUUGAAUAGUUGUUCAACUCCUUUAAAGAUGAGUCUUGUUCCAACGUGUCCUGAUCAUUAUCUUGUGGCUGCCUGUGAAGAAGGUUGCUUUGCCUGGAACAUCACACCAGCAAAACUUGAGAGGAAAAGAAACAUUGAGAUGGAAUUUCUGUUUCCAAUUUACAAUAAAGAGGAUGAUGAAAACGACUAUCAUAUUGUUGAUACUUUAGCUUUUUGCAGUGAUGAUCUAAUAGCUUCCAAAAGUUCCAUGCAAGGCUCAAUAUACCUGUGGAGCUGGAGUAAGACCGUUAAAAAAUGUAAGAAACGGAAUACUAAAGUGCAUGCAGAGAUUCUGAGAGAGUUUGAAUGGUCUAAUACUGAACAGAUGUACAUAGCACUCGCUGCUUGUCCAGCUGAAAACUAUCUUCUAUGUGGCGAUGAGAAGGGGGAUAUUUGGAUGUAUAAUUUGGAUGAGUCCAGUACAGAAUAUGUAACUUCAGGCAAGAAGAUCCCACCAAUGCAGAUUCUAAAGUGGCCAGCCAUAGAAGCAAAAGGGAAACUGAUUGAAGGAACUUUGGUAAAUGUCGUAAAUACAGAUUCAGAACUUAAAUAUGUUGUGGCAGCAACAGACAAAAACAUUAUUGUUAUUUGGAAAAGAAUAUAGUUUUUGGCAAAUGAACUGGAUAUCCAAACUUAAAGAUUUUAAGCCACUGAACUUUUAUCACAACUGAACAAUGCUUCUUAGAGUUCUGGUGCUGCAUUCUAAAUGUGUGAGAAAUAUGGGACAAAGUAUGAGUUAUUGAGUUACUGUAAUAAAUUCUACCGGGUCAUCUGUCAUGCUGCUAAUGAUAGGUGAUUUGGAAGAAACACAUUUUAUAGUAUAUAAUGUGCAAUAUAUUAUUUUGCUGCUGAAGAGCAGUCAUGUGUAACUUGUAAUUCUUCUUUGGAGUGACAAGGUGUAAUUUCUGUUCCUUCCAGCAAUGAUUUGUGGUCAAAUUGUUUUUAAGCAGAUUAGAAAUCUGACAUACAGUACUUUUUUAUAAAUAUUCCCUCUCUCACCUCAUCACUCCAUGAAAUGCAAAAAUUAAACAAUCAACAUCUAUUAGCUGUUGAUGGAAACAUUUAUCAGUGCUUAGAAAUGAUUACGCUUGUUUCUUUUUAUGUUCUUUUUGGAGUCCCUCACAGUUCUGGUUUCAUAUACUGUAUGGUCAUCAUUAAAUCUUUUGGUUACACUUCAAUAAUGACAAAGCCAAUCAUGUGCUAAACAGUGAUUGUCCAAAUUAUCUUAAAAUGCAAAGGCAAUGUUGUGACCUCCAACCGAAAGAGUUGUCAAAGUUUAGCUUUAUCUAAAGAGUAAUUAAAACUUGCAUCCUUGGAGAUGCAUAUUAAAGUUAACUAAGAUCUGAACAGCAAAUCACGUAAUUGUGAUAUAUCACAAUUAUAUCACUAAAAAUGUAGUCAUGACGAACAUGGCCAUAGCUUUAUUCCCCGAACUGAAACAACUAUUAAUGGAAUGAUAACCUAUUCUGUUCUAAUUUAUAAGUGAAUUGUAAUGUUGUGUGCCCAUGACAUUUUCUUAAUAUUUCAUUACAAAUUAUGCCUUGUAUAGUCUAGAAUGAUUGAAAGUGUUGUGUAAAAAUAAACAAC